CUCUUCUACAUCCUGUUUGCAGGUGAAUUUGAAGGAGAGGAUCUUACCACCUGCAGCUCUCUCUGAAAUCCACACUUUGACCUUCCUAGCAGUUGGAACAGCAGAAGUCAUGAUAUGUGGUUUAUGGUAUAUCAUGAUGCAUGAUAUACAAAAACUUGUGCUGUCAGCAGUGCUUGAUGUCUUGAAGGCAUACAGAGAGGGUUUGGGAUAUUUUUAUCACCUACUACCUAAUGCCUGUCGGAGGAGACAAAACGCUACGGAAGAGAGUCACAUUUCUUCAUCUUCCAGAGGGCCCCUCAGUUUGGGUUCUUUCCUAGCUGAGAAUCAAGAACCCUGAUUUUCAAGCAUGUACAAAGAGACCUCAGUCAGUGAGACAUACCCAUGUCUGCAGUUUGACAGGUUGGAUCUGUCUGGAGCAGAUGACUGUAGCACCCGAGAUGAAAACAUCCUGGCAUAUAAAAGAAUUCGUUUCCGGCCACGUAUGCUGCGGGAUGUAUCCGUGAUGGACAUUAGGACUAAGCUCCUGGGGACUGAAAUCAGCUUUCCUGUAGGGAUCGCCCCUACUGGCUUCCAUCAGCUAGCAUGGCCUGAUGGAGAGAAAAGCACAGCCAGAGCGGCCGCAGCGAUGAAUACCUGUUACAUCGCCAGCACGUACUCCACCUGUACGUUGGAAGAGAUAGCUGCGGCUGCCCCCCGUGGCAUCCGAUGGUUCCAGCUCUACAUCCACCGCAACAGGGGAGUUUCCCAGCAGCUGGUCCAACAGGCAGAGGCCUUGGGCUUCCAGGGCCUUGUCCUCACCGCAGAUCUGCCCUACACGGGCAAAAGACGUGAUGAUAUCCGCAAUGGUUUCCGCCUUCCUCCCCACAUGAAACUGAAGAACUUGGAAGGAGCCUUUGAGGGGGAUGACUGUUCUGAGUAUGGACUGCCACCCAACAGCUUGGAUCCUUCAGUAACCUGGAAUGAUAUCUACUGGUUGCGGAGCCUGACCCGCCUGCCCAUCAUCAUCAAAGGCAUCUUGACAAAAGAAGAUGCAGAGCUGGCAGUGAGACAUGGGGUUCAGGGAAUUAUUGUGUCCAAUCAUGGUGGAAGGCAACUGGAUGGAGGACCUGCCACUAUUGAUGCUCUGGUUGAGGUUGUGGAUGCAGUACAAGGCAAAAUCGAAGUCUAUUUAGAUGGUGGAAUACGAAAAGGAAGUGAUGUAUUAAAAGCACUGGCACUGGGAGCAAAAUGCGUCUUUAUUGGAAGACCAGCUUUAUGGGGUUUGGCUUACAAGGGUGAAGAGGGGCUUCAAGAUGUGCUGCGGAUUUUGCAGGAUGAGUUUCGUUUGUCAAUGGCCUUAGCUGGCUGUGCCAGCAUCUCAGAGAUUGGUCGACACCUAGUUCAGUUCCCAAAGCUGUGAAGGGCCUCCUGCAAUGCCCAUCAAACAAAGGUGCUUCACGCUGGGGUCCCAACCAGAUUGAAGAGAGAAAAAGGAGGUGCAGACAUCAGAUGUGUAAAAACUAUCGGAUAUGGCCU